UGUGUGUAAGUUUCCAUGGAGAGAGGUCGCGCUCACACGCACGCAGUUUAUCGUGAGAACUGUGCUACAGAUACUCCGUCCAGUUUAUCAGGAGCUAUCAGCGGGGCCAGACAACGGCCGAGGAAAGGAGCCGACAGCCCUAACUGAUGCCUCUUUGCUACAAACUUAACUACAUCCCCAAGAUACAACCUUUGUAAUCAUGGACCAGGGACUGCAAGAUGAUCUUUAAACCCCGGACUCGGUAGAUGUGAAACAUUUUCAGUUGAAGAACAACUGAAAUCUUUUGGAGGUCAGACCAAACAUUACGUCAGUUGAACAGAACAGGAAAGGGAAUUGACUGUAGAAAUAGAGCUGCUGAUCUAACACAUAAGGAGAAUCAAGAACCUGAUGAAACCAUUUUAAGAGGAGAUGAAUCGCUACACAACCCUGAAGCAGCUAGGUGAUGGCACCUACGGCAGCGUGCUGAUGGGAAGAAGCAACGAGUCUGGAGAACUUGUAGCUAUUAAGAGGAUGAAGAGAAAGUUCUACUCAUGGGAUGAAUGUAUGAAUCUAAGGGAAGUCAAGUCUUUGAAGAAGCUGAACCAUGCGAAUGUGGUGAAACUGAAGGAGGUAAUCAGAGAGAAUGAUCACCUCUACUUUGUUUUCGAGUACAUGAAAGAAAACCUGUAUCAGCUGAUGAAGGACAGAGAGAAUAAGAUGUUCACAGAGAAUGAAAUUAGGAACAUCAUGUUUCAAGUGCUGUCUGGGUUGGCUUUUGUGCAUAAGCACGGUUUCUUCCAUCGAGACAUGAAACCUGAGAAUCUGCUGUGCAUGGGUCCAGAGCUGGUGAAAAUAGCAGACUUUGGACUGGCCAGAGAGAUCCGCUCCAAACCUCCUUACACGGAUUACGUAUCAACAAGAUGGUACCGAGCUCCUGAGGUGUUGCUAAGGUCAUCCACCUACAGCUCUCCUAUUGAUCUAUGGGCUGUGGGCUGCAUCAUGGCUGAACUCUACACCCUUAGACCUCUUUUUCCUGGAAAUAGUGAAGUGGAUGAGAUCUUUAAGAUCUGCCAAGUCCUGGGCACAGUUAAAAAGUUGGAUUGGCCAGAGGGGUUCCAACUAGCAUCUGCUAUGAAUUUUCGCUUCCCCCAAUGUGUGCCGACCAACCUGAAGACCCUUAUUCCAAAUGCCAGCAAGGAGGCUAUUGCACUGAUGCAGGACAUGCUGCAAUGGGACCCCAAAAAGAGGCCCACUGCUGUACAGACCUUGAGGUACCCUUAUUUCCAAGUAGGUCAGGUGUUGGGGCCUCGUCCUCAGAGCCAAGAGGUUAAGAAGGUCCAGACUCGGCCAAUGGUUCAGAAGCAGUUCUCUGAUUCAAAGACAGAUCCCCAGCAGUCGUCGGCAGAGUCCAAAGCUUCCACAUCCUCCUCUAGAAACUAUCAACAGCAUCAGCCUCUUCAGCAGAUCCCACUUCCUCAGGUUGACAAUAAAACAGGAGGUGUCAGCCACGCAAAGGUGGCAUCAAUGGGCAGCGAAAAUGCUUUAGGAGGCAGCGGGAUGGGGCUGCUGAAGAGUGGUCGUCGUCGCUGGGGACAGGCAGUUUCCAAGACAUCAGACAGCUGGGAUGAAUCCGACCAAUCGGAAACCGCUGCCUCCAAUUCCAAGAAGCCUAGCCUUGGGACUGCAGAGGAGGACAGGAGCUCUAAAGAGCACUGCUCACAGCCCAAGGAGCAGAAACCUCUAUAUUCAUUCAGCUCAGUUACAAAAAUACCCAACAAUGUUAAAGUUGGCCCAACGGAUUCUAAUCUCCCUGGAUCAGCAGCACGGCAGCACUAUCUUACCCAGUCCCGUUACUUACCAGGUUUAAUUGGCAGGAAUCAGACUUCCUCUGGAGAGAAGGAGUUGGGUGGAAUGACAUUGCGGGGCCUUUGGGAGAACUCCUCAAACACUGUAAAUAAACCCAUCUGCUCUAUUGGAGGAGGAUUAGCCGUCACCAGAGCCAACGCAGAAGAGAAUGGCACUAAAUCGGUGGAGAGCACUCCAGAGAAAACUGUUAUGAAAGAAAGAAAACUGGAGAAAAUUGAUCUGUCAAAAGGGAACUUUGUGAGCACCAAAUACAACCUUUCCAGUGGUUACAUCCCUUCUUUCCAGAAGAAAGAGGUUGGCACGGUGGGACAGAGAAUUCAGCUUGCCCCUUUGGCUGGCCAGCACUCAAUCCAUCUUUCUUCUAAUUCUUCUCCUGAUCAUAAAAAAAAGACAAAAUGUGCAAAACUCAAGCCCAUUCCCAACUCUUCACUGAGUGAAACUAAUGAAGAUUUGGAGGGCUGGAAGCGGCGGGCCGACAGGACUCAGGUUAAGGACAGCAGCUUUAUAGCAUUGGGGAAAACGUCUGGUAAUCUGCUGAGCAGAGCUCCUGCAGUGCCGCCAGUCCACGGCAGGGUGGACUGGACAUCUAAGUACGGCGGAAACCGAUAAUGCAAGGAAGCAGGGCACAAAAACUCUUCGCUGUACUUGGUUUUGCGUCCGCAUCUUUGAUAGCAAAUGUAGAUCCUGAGCAUCUCUUUCAACAAAAGGAUGUAUAUUUUUACCCCAAGAUGUGGUAAACCGACCAGCUUUUUAAGUGACGUCUUUUUCCUAUGGUUGUACGUGUUUGCCAAGACUGCUACUGUCUGCUAGACAAUAUCAAAGUAUUCUUCUGGGAUCUAGUGGGAGCCAGUCCAACUGUUAAUGGUUACGGAUUCUAAGUAGGGUUUGAAUGGGGCGAGAGAGUACCUUUUUUAAACUUUUUAUUUUGUUGUAAAUAAUCGUUUCAGAAAUCUGUGAAGCGAACUUCCCAGUUUCAUUCUUUGGAUUUUAGGUAACAGUUAAGAAUGAUAAUGUUGAUAUUGUAAAGCAACUCCUGGACUCUUUGUAUCAUGCAAUGAAAAAAUAAACAUUUUGUAAAUAUUUUAUACUAAUAAACAUAUAGAAGUUCAAAAUGUA